AUGCAAAAAGCUGGUAAUCUUCCAAAACAAUACACCGAAAAAGAAAAAAUAGUAGCAGGAACAGAUAUGUCAAAUGGAAGUGCUAAAACACAACAAGUUGAAACAACACCAACACAAACAACAACAGAAAAGAAACCAACAUUAGCAGAAUUACUUGCAAUGCAAAAAGCAGGAACAUUACCAAAUGAAUUCCAAAAACAAAAAGCACCAGUUGAAGAAGUAGUUAAAAGAGAAAGUUUUAUUCAUAGAGAAAUUAGUGAAAUUGAAGAAGAAGUAUCAAAAUAUGGAGAUGGAAGAGAAGCACAAAUUAAAGAAGAAAAUUUAUAUUACUCUGAACGAGAAUUAACAGUAUUACAAAACAUGUUUGAAUUCUUUAUGAAGAAAGCACCAAACAUAUUAAGUACAAUGUUUUCUAAUAGAGAUAAAGCAGAAGAAUUAGCAGAUGCAGUAUUAAAUUUAACAUAUAGUAAAAGACUUGCAUUAGAUUUUGUAUCACAAAUGUUAAAAGAAGAAUUUGAAACACAUACCGAUUCACAUUCAUUAUUUAGAGAAAAUACAAGUGCAACAAGAGUUGCUAAAAGUUUUUUAGCAAAAGUAGGAAGAAAAUAUUUAUUAGAUAUUUACAAACCAUUUGUACAAGAAAUUAUUCAUAGUGAUAUUUCAUUUGAAAUUGAUGAUCAUAGAGAAACAGAUAAAGAAAAAUUAGAAAUAAAUAAACAAAAUUUAUUUAAAGCAUGUAGAAAACUUUUUGAUUUAGUUAUUGAUUCAUUUGAUUUAUUACCUCCUGGAGUUAAAUUAUUAGCAAGAAUAUUUAAUGAAUAUGCAGCACAAUUUUUUGGAGAAUUAUCAGAUGAUGCAAGAAAUAGUUUAACUGGAUCAUUUAUUAUGUUAAGAUAUAUUAAUCCUGCAAUAUUUUCACCAGAAAAAUAUGGUAUUGUUGAUGAUCCAAAAGAAAUUUCAAUGAGUGGAAGAAGAAAUCUUAUUUUAUUAUCAAAGGUUCUUCAAAACUUAUCAAAUGGAGUUAAAUUUAUUCAAGAAAAAGAACCAUUUAUGUUACCAUUAAAUGUUAUUCUUGAUGAAUAUUUAGAUAAAUUUAAAAGAUAUUUUAGAAGAAUUGUUAAUGUUGCUAAAAACUUCCCAUUUGUUCUUGUUGUAGAAGAAACUGCUAUUACUGAUAUGAAACCAAUUGCCUUAAUCCAUAAAGAAUUAUGUGAACGUGCAGAUGAAAUUAUUGGAACAUCAUCAAUUGAAAUAAGUGAAGAAUUUUGUAAAUAUAUGGUGUCAUUAGGAAAAUAUAGUGAUAAAACACACUCAUUUGGUGAAUUUAAAGAAGAAAUUCAAAUUAAAUUAAAAGAAUUUCUUAUUAAAAAUAAGCAUGAAGCUGUUUAUAUUUCUAGUUUUAGUUGUGAAAUUAAUGGAAAUAAAAUUGAUGGAAUUUUAGUUGUUACAUUACAUCAUAUUGUUAUUCUUGACCAAUCAUUUAAUGUUGUAAAAGAAAUUCAUGUAUUUGAUAUUCAAAAUGUUACAAGUGCAAAUAAAAUGGGAAUGAGUUUCAAAUUAAAAGAUGGAACAUCACUUGUUGGUGAAACAAUUCAUCCAGACCAAAUUAUUAUUGCUAUGUUACGUUCAUUUAAAUCAAGUUUUGCUGAUGGAGUUUAUGGGUUUGUUGUUGACGUUCCUUCACAUAGAUCAGCUGCUUUUAAAAAUGUAUUUUCACUUCAAACAUUUAAUACCUGUGGAGGAUUUAGUGGAAUUUAUAAUGCAUUCUGUACAUACAAGAAAGUUCCUAUUAAUGAAAGUGUUCAAGCAUUUAUUGAAGGUACUAAAGAAGGUCUUGAAGGAGCAAAAGAAUUAAAUUGUUUAAUGUUUAAUACUACUGAUCCAAACAAUAAAAAUGAUGCAAUGUCUCCAACAGAAUUCCAACCAGUUUUAAGUGCAUUAAGAACAAAUAAAUAUUUCACUAAAUUAAAUAUAGAAAGUACAUCAUUAGUUGGAUGUGAAGAAGAAUUAAAAAAAGUCUUAGAAGAUAAUGAAACAUUAGAAUGUAUUAGAUUAAAUGAUGUUGGAAUUAAAGAAUGGGAUACAAUUUUAUGUGCUUAUAUUGAAAAGAAUAAAUCACAUAAUAUCAAAGAAAUAGAUCUUGGAAAUAAUAAAUUAGAAAGUAAAGCUUUAGCAUCAUUAGCUCAAAUUAUAGUUAAAUAUCAAAUUAAUAAAAUCAAUUUAAAUCAUUGUAUUUCUAAUGAUAAAAGUAUUUCAUCUUUCUUUGAAGGAUUUCAAGAAUGUCUUGAAAAGAAAAUUCAUUUACCUUUAACAUCAUUAAAGUUAGAAGGAGCAAAAAUGGGUAAUGAAUCACUUGAUUUUAUGACUAAUCAAUUUGCUAAAAUCUUCCCUAAUUUGAUGGAAUUAAAUUUAAGUAAUUUAGAUGUUAAGAAUAGUGGAGAAGUAGUAAAUGUUUUAAAAGGAUUAAAUUUCCUUGUUCAAGUAGAUUUGUCUGGAAUUUCAAUUGGAAAGAAAACAGAAACUGGGUUAGCAAAAAUUAUAUCAACACUAAAUAAUUUAAAAGAAUUACGUCUAAGAAAUUGUUCAAUUCCUGCAACUGUUUUAAAAGAAGUAAUUGAAAAUUUAAAAUCAUCAGAAGUUAUUCUUGAUUUACAAGGAAUGCAAUUUGAUGAUGAAGGAAUUAAUUCAUUAGCUGAAUCAAUAAAAAUAAAUAAAAAUAUUAUCUCCUUUGAUAUUAGUCAAACAAAUGUUAAAGAUAAAGGACUUAGCAAAAUUCUUGAUGCAUUAGUUGAAAACACUGUUAUUGAAACAUUAAAUAUUAGUAAAACAAUUAAUGGAGAUGAUACAGAGGGAUUAAUGGCAGCAUUAUUAAAAUAUUUAAAAAAGGCAACUUCAUUAAAAAAUUUAAUCUUAGAAGGAGGAAAUAAAACUGACCAACAACUAGGACUAAACAUGAUUCCAGUAUUAAAUUCAUUAGUUAAGAAUGAACAUAUAGUUUCAUUAGAUAUACAAUCACAAGGAAUGGGAAAUAAAGGUGCAUUUGCAUUAGCAAAUCUUCUUAAAAUUACAAAAACAUUACAAACAUUAAAAUGGGAUCAAAAUGAAAUUGGUAUUUUUGGGUUAAGAGCUGUUGUAGAUUCAAUGAGAGUAAAUACAUCUGUUAAAGAAUUACAAUUACCUAUUUUAGAUUGUCGUGCAUUAAGAGUACAAGGAAAAUUUAAUGAUGGUAAUAAAAUUAUUGGUGAAUUGGUUAAGUCUGUUCAAAAGAAAGGGUUAUAA